AUGGAAAUCGAACAAACCGUAACACCUUCCGCCACACAACCUACCGCCGUACAAUCUUCCGCCGUACAAUCUUCCGUCUUACAACAACAGCCACCACAACAGCCACAGCCACAAACACUGACCGGAAGAUUCUGCAGAUGCCUCUUCACGGCUAUUUUCUACUUGCAACUGAUCCUAAUCUCGCUCUUCGUCGUCUUUCUCACGCUUCGAGGUCUAGUCUUCACAGAAUCACCAAACUUCCACCCCAAGAAAUGGUACACACCUUUGCUAUCCUCUGUUGCUCUCUCUGGAGUUCUCUCUUUAGCCUGGCAAUGCUUCUUCGUCUGCAACAAAGUAGCAACGGUCAAAGCAACGUUCUUCCUCACGCCGCUGCUCACAUUCUCCGUCGGGAUGUUCCUAAUAGCGUACGGCGCAGCGGUUGUUCCAGGGAUCGGUUUACUUAUUCUGAUCUUUAGCUUUGCUCAGGCAUUAUACGCCUGGUUCCACGUCCUUGGAAGCAGGAGUGAGUUCGCCUUCAAGAUUAUGGCAAUCGCCACAGGCAUAAUACCCGCAAGAACCAGAGCAAUAGCCGUCGUAUCAGCGAUCUUAAGCGUCUUUUACUCUGGAUUCAUGGUGGCUGGAAUCGGAGGAGCCACUGCUACAAGAACAGGUCUAGACAUUCUUUUCAUCUCCAUAGUCGUGAUAAGCCUGGCCUGGACGAUGCAAGUUCUCAAGAACGUACAAGUAGUAGCGAUCUCGAAAGCCACAUACGUCUACUUUAAGCAUGUUGAGUUCAUGAAUGCCUGUGAUGCUCUGCGCGCCGCUAUGAGAAACAAGCUCGGGAGCGUUUGUAUCGGUUCAACGCUGGUUCCGGUCUUUGUAUUCAUCAGGGGAACGAUCCGAACCAUUAAUAUGGCGGACGGCGGCAGCGACCGGACCAUGUACGCAAGUAAUGAAGACUGCUCUUGGAUUGCUAACCAUAUGAUUUUAUACGGAAACAGAUAUGGAUUUGUUCAUGUGGGAGUUCACAACAAAAGCUUUGUGCAAGCGUCGAGUGAUACCUGGAAGGCGUUCAGAGCAACGGUUGGAUUGGAAGAACUGAUUGAUUCUGACCUCACGAGCUCCAUCUGCUACCUCAGCGCCAUUGCGAUUGGGGCAAUCUCUGCAUUAACUGCAGGAAUAUGGGCGUUUCUGACCCAUAAGGAUUACUUCUUUCAGCUGACUCUCUAUGCUUUCAUCAUCGGAUACUUCGUGGGGAGAGUUGCUUCGGCGUGGCUGCAAGGAUGUGUACUGGGUUACUAUGUAGCUUACUCUGAGGAUCCACAGAGCGAUAACUUUGAUGACACGAUUCGACAACGUAUUCAGCGGCAAGAUAUAGAAGAGGCACAGAGGGAAGACUCGUAUAGGGUGCCAGAGGAGGAGGAAGAAGUGGCGAAUCUAAACACGUAGAGCUCAAUAUGCGGAUGAACAUAAUCCACUAAGUACAGAGAUAUUACUUUGGUUUUUCUUUUUUUCUCGAUUUCACUGAGGCUUUUUUCAAGCUUAUAGACUCUAUAGAUUGGAGAUUGUAUAGCUUCAUAUGCAAAACGCAGCUAGAGAAGGAAUGUACAUACAAAGAGAGACGACGAUUGAUUCAGUUCUCAA